UAAGGCGAUACUUGGGAUUGCUGUGAUUCAUAGUAUUAGCUUACGCUAGCAAAUACACAAAUUAAACGGCAGUAAAUGUAGGUGACUCAGUGGGUGCGAUAAUGUACUCAAUAAAGACAGUUGUUACUUUCAAAGUAGUCGAGGGGGCAGGCGGCUAGCUGCAAAGUAGCUUACAAAGCUAGCACAGUAUGUAUCCACUGAGUUACAGUAGUUUAGCAUUUCGGCUAAAGCCCACCCACUCUCAAUUUCUAUUGGUUGGCAGUCGAUGGAGUCAUGUGUCGCUGACGUAUUUGGGGCCUGCGAAUGGGUCUCCAGCCUGUCACUCAUCUUUUCACCACUUGUUGCUAGGGAGAUUGUUUGAUGCUAGCUACAACGGAAGUAGAAAGUCAAUAAAUACUAGUUCUGAUGCUUGUCACUUUCUAAUUAAUCAAACAUGAAAGUAUACUAGCAGAUAUCGUGACACUUUACCAAGCAGCAAGUCUUUGUUGUUUAAUAGGGUGACUGUACGUAUGUAAUAGCAAGUACAAGGUGGCUAACGGCUAAUAUCAUAAGGACGAAGAUAGGCGCAGCUGUCCGCGUAGAGGGAGGGACCCUGCCUGCCACCAACGCUGCUGUUAGUGCGCUUGCUAGCCAGCGAGCUUUCCAGACUCCCUCAUUCACCUUCAGCAGCACCCACACGAAGUAGUUGUCCUGUCAAGGGUGGGGUGAUUCCAAAGCCCUGUAUUCAUCAUCAGUAGUCCGCUGAAUUUCCAAGAUUCUAGAGGCACUGCGCGGUGCAAGCCGACAUCACUUCUCUGAGAGGAUGGACUGGUUGCAGUGGGCUAGCAAGUCCUGAUUUCUUUAUUCAUUAAGAUUGGUUUAAUUUUAAUGUAGGUAUGAGAAGAUGAGAACCUUAUGAAGAACAAAGUUUUCAACACAAAUUGGACUCUAUCUGAAGUGGAAACCCAACCUUGGACCUUAUACACCUUAAAAAUUCACCGAAUCCUGCUGAAGACCCUUUCCCCCUGCUAUCUUAAACUAUUUUUUACAUUCAUGUGUCCACCUCAGUCUUCUAGCAGAAGUACAGAAGUAGUGAUACAUAGUAGUUGGCCCCAUUUUUGUUUUUGUUUUUUACUUUCACCUUUUGUUCCUUUGUAAAGAAAUGCUUUACCUGAAAAAGUACUUCACAGAGGGCCUGAUUCAGUUCACCAUCCUUCUGAGCCUCAUCGGGGUGCGGGUGGACGUUGACACCUACCUGAGCAAUCAGCUGCCCCCACUGAGAGAGAUAAUCCUGGGCCCCAGCUCAGCCUACACCCAAACACAGUUUCACAACCUACGCAACACACUGGACGGCUAUGGCAUCCAUCCAAAGAGUGUGGACCUCGACCAUUUUUUCACCACUCGACGGCUUUUGAACCAGGUGCGCCAGCUGGAUCGCCUCUCUGUGCCCAGUACUGAGCUCAACACCUGGCUAGUGCAUCGUGACUCUGAGACUGUGGUGUCUGCCAGCAGCCAGUCCAGUCCCAGCAUCACCCUGGACAAUGGGGCCGGCCUAGAGGACGUUAACAACCCUGACGCUACCCCGGCCAUGAGGGGAGGAAGUGGAGCACCUGAAUCCACAUACAACUUGAAUGCAGCAGAAAGCACCCUGGGAGCUGUAGCCUCAGAGGGUAACCAGGAGCAGGGCAACAGGGAGGGCAAUGACGACCUCACCAAAGAGGACAUUGAUUUGAUUGACAUUCUGUGGCGACAGGACAUUGACCUUGGUGCAGGAAGAGAAGUGUUCAACUACAGCAACCGACAGAAGGAGGCUGAGGAGGAAAAGCCCAGCCCACAGGAGAACAAGGACAGGACUGAGCAGCAAGAGAGCUGGAGAAAUGGAGUGAACUCACAAGGGGCUCAGCCAGUGGACGGGGAGACAGGAGAGAGCAUUCCAGAGCAGUUGCCUGGUCUGGGCUCUCAGACAUCACUGUCUUUACAAGAAUGCUUGAGGCUGUUGGAGGCCACUUUCCCUUUUGGAGAAGAAACAGAGUUUCCAGCCCAAGUUGUCACCCCGGAAAUAUCAGUUUCCAAUGAAGAAGUUCCUUCUACAUCUCAGGGCCUCCCUCUGGCAUCACAGCUGCCUCAGGCAGAGCCACAGCUAGACCUGGAACAGCAGUGGCAGGACAUUAUGGCCAUCAUGGAGCUACAAGCAAUGGAAGUGAACAAUACUACAGCCCACACCAACUCUAGCAAUGACAGUGGCACAAGCGGGACACCCGAGUCAAACAAUGCUGGAAACUUUGGACUUUCCUCUCGAUCAACACCAAUAAACCAGGAUGUCAGCCUUCAUCAGGCCUCCCUCCCUAGCUGCAGUCAAGAUUUCCCCCAAAUUUUCAAUCCACAGUUGGACUCUGUUAGCCUCACCCCAAGAACCACCAUGCUCAGACUGUCCUCCAGCAACAAUACCAACAUUAACUCUACAUUUGGAGCCACUAACCUGACUGGCAUCUUUCUGCCACCACACUUGAACACUUCCAGCAACAACAUUACAUCCACACCUAUUCUGCCUGAUCCAUUCAGCACCUUGCUUGAAGAGUCCAUGCUUGAUGAGAUCAGCUUGUUGGACCUUGCCAUGGAGGAGGGCUUUAGCCAGGCCCAAGCUUCCCAGUUAGAGGAUGAACUUGACUCAGAUUCUGGUCUUUCCCUGGACUCCAGCCACAGCCCGGCGUCUCCAAGCAGUUCCGAGACAUCCUGCUCUUCUGCAGCUUCUUCCUCUUCAACUUCUGCCACUUUUUCAGAGGAAGGAGCUGUUGGCUACAGUACUGACUCAGAGGUAGCCACUGUGGAGACAGAAGAAGGUGCUGUUGGGGGUUAUCAGCCUGGGUACAGUAAGCUGUGCCGCAUGAGCUAUCAGGACCCCUCCCAGUUCCACAGCCUCCCUCAGCUUGACAGCAUUAGCCACAAUCACACUUACAAUCUGCCUCUUUCUUCUGCCUUUGUGGAGCACCCAGAGCUCCCGAUUCCAGCCGGCAAGAAGUCUGUCCGAGACAAACAGAGCUCAAAGCUUCAGCCUCCUCAGGACUUGCUAGACAAGCAUUCAAGUCGUGAUGAACGCCGGGCCCGCGCCAUGAAAAUCCCCUUCUCCAAUGAAAAGAUCAUUAACCUGCCUGUGGAAGAGUUCAAUGAGCUCCUAGCCAAACACCACCUGAGUGAAGCCCAGCUAGCCCUCAUCCGUGACAUCCGGAGGCGCGGCAAGAACAAGAUGGCAGCCCAGAACUGUCGCAAGCGUAAGCUGGACACCAUCCUAAACCUGGAGCAGGGUGUCCAAGACUUGAGGCGUGACAAGGCCCGUCUGCUGAAGGAGAAGAUGGAGUUCAUACGUUCCAUCCGGCAAAUGAAACAGAAAAUGCAAAGUCUUUACCAAGAGGUGUUCAAUCAGCUUCGAGAUGAGGAGGGCCGCCCCUACUGCCCCAGCGAGUACUCGCUCCAGUACAGCGCUGAUGGCAGUGUGCUAAUCAUGCCCCGCGGUAUGACAAGUGCUGAGCAGAAUCGUAAACCAGAGAAAAAACAAAAAGACAAAAAGAAGUGAGGGGGCAAACUGCUGAUUAUUAUCACUUUGCAAAGUCAAUAAGAAAGAUUUCUGCAGAUGCAAGAGAGAUGUCCUUUUUUCCUUUGAGAAGAUACUGGUGAGUAGAAAAAUGGCAUUGUUGACUACUCUUCCUGCAUUCGUUUUUCCCUUUUCAUUCUGUUCCUGCAUUUUUUUCUUGGAAACAACUUCGAAGCAGAAGUAGCUCUACAUUUGAGUACUGAUAUUUAAUUAUUUAGAUGAGGGGGAAAACAAGCAAGGAGACGAGGGAUCUAAAAGGACAUAAAAUGAGCUAUUAGAAAAAUUUAGCUGCUCUUGAUCCCUUUGCACCAAACCACUGAGGAAAGAGAAGAUUUGUUGUUUUGUAAGGGUAAAUGAAGGGACUGUUGUCAAGAAAAGUGCGAUUGAAAGAACAGUCACAAAGGAUGGUUGGAAUACCUAUGCACCGAAGGCAAUGAUUUAAAGGACUAUCUGAUCAUAUCCCACCCUGAAGACUUUUGAGUGGUUUUCAUAGUCAUCAAGGCUUCAGAGUCCUAAAUCUUCAGGCAUCUAUGGUUGUGAGUUUAGAUACCAAAGGCUAAAGGAAGUCCAUCAUUUAGGAUGCCAUUUACACCUAUACUAACCAAAGGUUGUAUGGUGCACUUCAACAUGCUCUGUAUACAACUUGCAAUUCUCAAACCCUGCACUCUAAUACUGUGCAAAUUUCAGUUUUUGAGUCCGUUUGUUAAUGGGAUCUAACUGUAGAAAGUCCUAAAGCGAUUGGGUUUCAUGUGUACAACGUUGAGUCAAGGGAGGGUCGGUCUGAGUGUGUUCCUGGGCUGGCCACUGUUAAAGACGCCUGGAAGUCCUGCAAGUGGAGCAAAUGGAUGUUUUAGAGAGGAGGCACACUGCAUUGCAAAAUGUAUCAACUUCCUAAUUAUACAUAGCACUGUAAUUUGUCCUUAAAAGGCUUGGCUAUAUGCAUUUGCCGUGUCUGUUGCUAUUCCUUCGCUGCAGGUUUAAAUAUGGGAGCUGCGAUUAGGAAGGCUCUUAUUAAAUGUUCAUAAUCUGUAGUAUAAGCAAGGUUAUAAAUCUAGCCACAUCAGCUUUAUGUACACCUUCUUUGUUGAUUUAAAGAAUUUGUGCCGAGCCUGUAAUCGUAAGAGGUAUUUAAGGCAAUGUGAUGGGCCAGGAGCUCCAGAGAGUACUGUAUGUUCACCAGCUCCAGCCUGUCACAGUUUAACGUUCUGAAUCUUUUUUUUUCUGUUUGCCUUGGAUGCCCCGUUUUAAGCAUAAACAGGCUCAGCUGGUGUAGCUAUAUCCCUUUUAAAUAACUUAUUUGCCAUCCAAAUGAAAGCCACUUGAGGUAAUUAAACUUUUUUAACUGCUGUAAAGCCAAGCGGUUGGCUUAAAUAUGAGCUCUACGAUUUUAAGUUGUGUGUUAAAAACAAAGUGAGCCAGGUUUUGAAAGAAGUCGUUUGUAUGCGUGAAUUGACAGUUAGCAGAAUGUGUUUAGUGGCCACUUUGAUUUGAAUGCCUUUAUUUUAUAAUCUCAUUAAAUUCACUUUAAAAGGUUUUGAGAACCACAGAAAAAUUGUUCUCAAAGUAGAAGUGCUAUUACUUGUCUGAGUGAAGUUUGUCGGUAAGUGUACUUCAUCACCCUUUAAAAAAAUAGGUCAGUCAAUGCAGCUGAGAUAGCAGUUAGGCUAGAAUAUUUACAAACAGAAUUUGCAACAUUAAGAUGAUGUCCAAAAAACUUUUGAAAGAAGAAAUGUUCUCAUUAAAUGUGAUAUUCAGGCAUGAACUGGUUAACAUUCACUUCAGUGUAACCCAGUGCAACACCAACUAUUUAGUACUGCUACUACUUAGUGCACUUUUUUUUGUCUUGUCUUAUGUAAAUAUUUCCAUGUUUGUGUUUGUCAUGAUUUAUGUAGUUUGUCAGUUGUCUCCAUAACAGUCUCACCCUCUGCUUUCAGUUUGGAUGUAGUUCCCUGUUUUGAGAUAUUUGCUGGCAAUCAAGAAUUGUUUUUAUUGAUUAAUAAAGUGUUUUUAUUUUCACCGGUGA